AUGGCGGGGGAGAAGCUGAUGAUGCAGCCCAGCGAGUUCACUGGCGACGGGUGGUUGACCGGCCGGCCCGUGCUCGUCCGCUUGGUGGACCUCAACGCUGUCCAGGCCAACAAGGGCGACGCGUCGCAGCAGGAGCCCGCUGGGCAGUCAGGUGCAUCGCAACCGACUCAGAAGAGCGCCAAGGGCAAGGGCAAAGGCAAGUGCAAAGGCAAAGCUUCGACCGAGUCUGGGGAGAGGCUUAAGUGCGAGGCGCACCUCUUGGGUGGCGAUGGGAUGGGCGAGGUCGCGUUUGUAGAGGCUUUCGGCCCGGCCGCCGCGGACUUGCACACGAAGGCCACCAAUGCGAAGAUCGAUAAAAAGUUGCUGGCGAUCUCCAACGUUAAGGUCAUCCAGAAGCCCAACCAGUAUUCCACGUCCCGGCUUCCGUACUACGUCCAGCCCAACACGUCCACCGGCUCCAAGAGCGUGGUCGAGACACAUCACCCUUUCCUGGACAUCGCGAAGAUCACGAAGGCUCAGUCCGACGUCCAGCAUUGUGUCCUCGGCGUUAUCACGCGCCAGCCCGGAGCGAAGUGGCAGGAUUCGAAGUUCGGCCCCGGCUACGUUUGUAACGCGAUCCUCCGGGCCGGCGACACCGCCAUCAAGUGCUCCUUCUGGCGCCGCAACGCCACAGAGCUGGCAAAGUGGUCUGAAGGGGUUGCCGUGGCGAUGUACCAGGUGUUCGUCAAGCGAGAGAUAGCCGCCAACGGGAAAGUGUCCUGGGAGCUCCGCGCUCCCGAGUCGACGCUGAUCGCAGAGUGCCCCGCCGAGCUGGCGCAGGGCCUGCUAACCUCCGUGACGAACGGCGGCCCUGCGACUUCCCUGACAUCUUCGAUCGCGAAGAACUACAGCACGUGCGAGACCUCUACGGUGUCGCUGUCCGCAUUGACUUCGGUCAUCGUGCCUGGCGCCAUCCGGGAGCUCGACGGAGUAUACGAAAUGCACAGCGUGGCGGUCAUGGGCGUCACCCCGGUCUUGCGCAACGACGGGUUCAUCAUGCGCUGCUGCAAGACCUGCAAGAAACAGGUUCCAGACGGCGAGCACAGCAAGUGUGCCGACCACGACCAGGCGCCCAUCGAGCCGCGGUGUGUGUUCCAGCUCGAGCUGGCCGACGGCACGGGCCAGUGCGCAGCAAUGCUCUUCCACGACGCCGCCAUGCAGAUCCCAGGCUUCCCCGACCCGUCGACCGCCACGGACGCAAGCACCGAGAAGUUCGUGCAGGCGUUCCGCGGCAUCCCCUACUCCGCGCGCCUCAUCUUCCGCGCCAACGAGCUGCGUGAGGUCAACAACCUCGAAGCCAAGUUGCUGCUGCCCACCAUGACAUCCGACGGCGUCGUGGGCUCCUGGCGCUUAGACCCGGCUCCAGUCGCUUCGGCCAACACGGCCUGCCCUUUCUCGAAAUGCAGCGCGGUGACCUUCGACCCAGACCUGGGGUUCGCCGUCGUCAACGACUCAACGGUCACUGCAGUGCGCCUCCACGUCAAUUUCCUGGAACCGACGGAUGACGAGGAGACGACCGUGCCCGACACCGCCCACGGCCUCCGCGUGACGCGGAAGGCCACGUGCGCUUUGGAGCCAGCAGGACAGGCAGCGCCGGCGGAGUACCGCAUCACGGCCAGCGGCCUGUCGAGCGCCGUCCAAUGGUUGGUCCGGGCAGAGGGGGUGUUCUUCCUCGCCGCCGCCAAACGCAAGAGCGACGACACCUUCAUCGCUCAGUCGCACAGCAAGAUCG